AUGAGCAUCGAAAUUCAACAUAUAGCGGAUCAACGUCGUGGACGUUAUGUUAGAGUAAGCGAUGUAGAUCGACGACAUUUAAUUGAUACAUAUAAAAAAGGAGAAGAUUUUAUUGCAUUAGCCAAAAAAUUAAAUAUUAAACGAUCAACAGCACGAAGUAUACUGCGAACAUACAUUGAUGAAGGUCGUAUAUCAGCUAAACAACGUGCUGGUACUAGGCUGCGUUUUAUUACGGAAGAUGAGGCUGAAAUGAUUAGAGAAAUGAAACGUCGUCAUCCAUUGAUAACAAUUGGACAAAUUCAAAUGAAAUUACAGCGAACAUCAAAUCGUGUUUUAAGUAAAGCAUCCAUAUCACGAAUAUUAACGAACAGUAUAAGAUUAGGAAAACGUGCUAAACGAUCGAUUGAUGGUCAAGAUGAGGAAGACGAUGGUGGUGAAAAACUAGAUAAUGAUGACAAAGAAAUGAUGUUAUUGGAGGAGGAGGAUGGAUUAAUUGAGUUCAAUGAUAAUGAAGAAAAUGAAAGUGAUGGAUUACAAAAUUUAGAGGAUUUUCAACGAUUUAUGUGGAGAAAAGCGUCAAAUAAUGGCGAAGAUGAAACGAUUAUUCAAGGAGAAAAUGAAUGGGAUUCAAAAGAUCGACUCGAAGAUGGCGAUAAUGUUAGUCAUUCACAUAAUGGAUAUGGUACGGUUUGGGCUGGAUACGAAAGUGAAGAAGAUGGAGAUGAAGAUGAUGAUGAAAAUAUGUUAAUAGAAAAUAAAAGUAUAAUCAAUGAUCAAUAUCCGGGAACGUCACCUGUUUUAGCCAAUGGGGCAACUGUUAGUGAGAAUGGCAGUUGGAAUCUGAGUACGGUUAAAUCGGAACCGGUGUGCGUAUUUGUAAACAGAAAUUAUGAAAAUUCAUCGGAUAGUGACGAGUUAAAUACAACAGAACAAUCAUCAAUACCAGUAAAUGGCCCAUCAGAUAAUCAUGAACAGAAUGUCACACUGCAAAAAAACACAUUACAAAAAUCUAUUCCAUUAAAUUCAAAUCGUCGCACAAAAACUUGUCCAAUAUGUGGAUUAAACAAUUUUUCUCGCUUAUCCCAUCAUUUAACCGUAGUACAUAAUCUAAAUCGUCAAGAAAGCUUUUCAAUAUUAUCUUAUUCUAAUUUACAUAAUGAUGAUCAUUCACCAAAUUCAAAUAUGAAGAAUAAUAAUCAUCAUCAACCAGCCACAACAUCUAAUAAAUCUCCCCAACAAACGCCAAUCAAUCUCAAUACAAAUAAUCAAUUAAAAUCGCCAAUAGCUGAAUCUAUAUCUUCAUCACCUGUAACAAUUGCAACAGCAUCUACCACUACCACCAUUCCAACAUUAACAACAACAACAACAACAACUUCUUCACCAUCGUCGACAGCCGAACAACAAUCUUAUGUUCCACUUGAUGGUAAAAAACGCCUUUUAUGUCCACGUUGUGCUACCUGGGUACUAAAUUUAACUGAUCAUCUUAUCAAAAAACAUCAUCUUGUAUCUAAACAAGAACGUUUACCAUUUUUGAGAAUGGCAAGAAAUCGUUAUAUUCCCGGUUCAUCAACAACACAAUUGUUAACAACUGGAAAACAAAAUGGUUGUGAUAUGAAUGGUUCAAUUAAAACAACAAAUAUUACACAACAUCCAUUUGUUAUUAGUCCAGAUUAUCCACUCAAUGAUACAGACUCAAAUGGAAAAGAUAAACAAGAAACAAUGGUCUCAACAAAUGAACAGAGAAAUGCCGAUAAAGAACAUCAAAAUAAUGUUAAUCUUCAGCAAGCAGCAAAAAAAUAUCAUAAUAUUGUUAAAAAAUAUCGAAAAAAAUUUAUGGCUAUUACGGCACAAUCAUCGACAAUGCAGGAUAAAAAUGAACAUUUAAUGCAUAAUGGUACAAAUAAUCAACAAGAUUUAGAAUCACGACAAUCAGAUACAAAUAAUACUAGUACAAAUUUAAAAACAAAUUCAGAACAUAAUAAUUUUUUAACUGUUCAUUCAUUAUUAGGGCAACAAACUGGAUUUGGAUUUAAAUCAAUAGAAAAAAUUAAUUCAAAAUUUAUAAAUAAUAAUGAACAACUUCAAAAAACUUUAUCAAUGAAAAUAAAUAAAGAUCAGACAACAAACCAAAAAUUUGAACAACGUUUAAUUGUAUUUCGUCAACAAUUUGCUGUUACUAUAGCUAUGCAACAAAGUUUAAUGCAACAAAUGGAAUUAUUACAGCGAAGUUUUGUUUGUAUUGAAGAUGAAUGGAACGAUAUGAAACAAAAAAUACCAUCAACAUAA